UAUGUCAAACUCUUUUUAUCUAUAAAAUCCUACAAAAGUUUGACGUCAUUAACAGCAAUAGAAACGCGUAUUUCAAUAAAAAAUUACUAAAACACCAAACAAAUUCCGAUAAAACUCCAUAAAAUUAAUACAAAAUAAUGAAGUUAACUUUAAGUCGUUAUCGUAUAUUAUUAUCCUUGCAAUUUACUUUACUUCUGGCCGUAUUUUUCAAUACAUUUUCUCAUCUUUUAUUGUCACCAAAACUGCAGUUGACCAUAUUGUUGUUUGUGACACAGGAUUUAUUUAUAAUAUGUGAAUAUUUGUUUUUUACUUUUGCUGUACAUGCCACCUGUGUUUAUGAGGUUGGAGCAACUCAUGUAAUCUUAAGGAAUUGUAAACUUUUCCUUUUCACCAUACUUUUGUAUUUCCUGUUGUCGGUUUCACAGCAUUUCUGGUUUGUUUACAAUGUUUGUGAUCCGAUGGCCAAUUGGCCCACAACUCUAAAGGCUUUGUCGUUUGUGCAAAGAACUGUUUCAUUUUUUUAUUAUUAUACAUAUAAACGCACCGCUUUAACUUUAUCUGAUCCUCGUUUUUAUGAAGAAAAUAUUGAUUGGAUUGCUGAGCAAUUAAGUAAUAAAUAAAUGUUAUUUGUAAAUAUGUUUAGGUGGAAUCUAUAUGUAUAGAGUAAUUAUUAUUUUUUUAAAAUCAAAAUACUUUUUGCAAAAUAUUGAUGUUAAUGUGAUUAAAAUGUUUAGUAACCAUAUGUUUUAGUUAAAUAAAAAAAAAAAUAAUAAAAAUAUAC